AGGGAGUCUGCCGUCGAUGUUAGUUGGUCCCUUCGCUGCUAACCGUAACGACUCUGAGGUGUGAGUCCUUUCUGUCCUUCCCCCAUCGCUCAUCCGCCCACCCCGGUUCUGCUAUGAAGCACUAAAAUCAUGGUGAAAUGUUGCUCGGCCAUUGGAUGUGCUUCUCGCUGUUUGCCAAAUUCCAAGUUAAAGGGAUUGACAUUUCACGUGUUCCCCACAGAUGAGACUAUCAAAAGAAAAUGGGUAUUAGCAAUGAAAAGACUUGAUGUGAAUGCUGCAGGCAUUUGGGAACCUAAAAGAGGAGAUGUGUUAUGUUCAAGGCACUUUAAGAAGACAGACUUUGACAGAAGUGCUCCGAAUAUUAAAUUAAAACCUGGAGUCAUACCUUCUGUCUUUGAUGUCCCAUCUCACUUACAGGAAAAAAGAGAAAAGCUCCAUUAUAGAAAAAACUUCACCUUCAAAGCCAUCCCAGUGACAAACCACCAGCUUGUUGGUGCUUCCACCUAUAGUGAAGAAUUUCAGUCUCAGUUCAUUUUUGAACAUAGCUACAGUGUAAUGGACAGUCCAAAGAAACUUAAGCAUAAAUUAGAUCAUGUGAUCAGCGAGCUAGAGGAUACCAAGCAAAGUCUGCGGAAUGUCUUAGACCGAGAAAAACGUUUCCAAAAGUCAUUGAGGAAGACAAUCAGGGACUUAAAGGAUGAAUGUCUCAUCAGCCAAGAAACAGCAAAUAGGUUGGAAGCUUUCUGUUGGGAAUGUUGUCAGGAGAGCAUAGAAGGAGACUAUAUUUCGUGAAUUUUUAUGUUCUACUUAAAAUUGACAAUGGCACAACAUUUUAGAAAAUAAUUCUCGUUCACCAUCAUUAAAUAAUAUCCACCAUUUAGAGAGUUUCUUUGGAUUCUCGCAGUAUUAUGCAUUAUAGAUUGUUAUCCAAAGAUUUUUGAAGCAUGCAAAAAUUUGUGCUAGUUAUCAUGUUUUUGUAUGACUUGUACCAAUUAUGUUUUUAUAGACUUAACUAUAAGUUAGUGACAGGUCACUAUUUUAAGGUGUUAAGAGCUCAAGAAAACGCCACAGGAGUAAGUAAAUAGUAUCAGAUCAGCCACAUAAGCUAUAAUAAUAAGAGCCGGACACCUGCAGCAUCACAUUUUUCACUUCUAAGGAGUACAUUAUUUUUGUGGGCUUUAUGGUAAGUAUGUUGAAUUGUAACUUAAUUGUAUUUUACUGUUAGAAUUCAUUUGUAAUACAUGUUUGGCUUGCAUCCAAUUAAAAAUGCUUUGUUACCAAAAAUACCAAAGUGCCUUUAUAGAAGGCACGACUAAAAUUGAGAACAGCAUAUGAUAUGAUAUG